AUGGCACUUGGAACUGAGAUGAGGCAGACUCAUCGACUGGACGCCUUCCCAGCUGAGCUUAUCUAUAUGAUUGUUGCCUAUGUUGACGCUCCAUCGGUAGGACAACUCGCUAGUACUUGUCAAUGGCUCAGCGAGAUAUUACGUCCGUUACUGCCCAAGGCUGCCAAGGGAUAUGCCUUGGCCAAUGAAAAGGAUUACUUUCGGUACCUUGAAAGAUACUCAGGAUCAUAUAUUCGCGAAUGCCCGUUCAUUUGUCGGUUCCGAAGGCUCACAUAUAGGAUCGUGCUCCCACGUCAGCCACUCGCAGAUGCCAUUGAAAACGGUAAAAUCAACGCUGUUAAAGGAUUUCUUGAUGCAGGGAUUGUGGAGCUCCUGCUUGAAAGGGGCGCCAGUUUGGAGCUGUACUCAUUGCUGCCUCAAUCCAAGAUGAUCUGUAUUAUACCGUACUGUAACCUCGAAUCGCUCAAACUUAUUGUGGAUAAGGUCGAUCUGGACGAUAUAUUUCGUGAUGGUGGGUCUCUGCUCUAUCAAGCCAUACGGAAUGACAAUCCAAAUGUGCUGGAGUUUUUGGUGGAAAAAUAUGCCCAUCUGCUCUCCCUACAGGACUUUAGAGGCGAAACAGCCCUUUUUCGAGCUGUUCAACUUUGGGAGGACCAGGAUUGUCAGACUGCUAUGGUUUGUAUAUUGGUUGAGGUUGGCAUUGAUAUAAACGUCAGAAAUAGACGGAAUGAGACUACCUUUUAUAAAGCUUGCUCUUAUGGCUUCCACGAGGUUGUUCGGUUUCUUCUAGAGCGUGGGAUCCAGACAAACAUACCAGGAGAGAGUGGGAUGACCGAGCUACACUACGCAGCCCGAGACAAUUCGCUAGAAGUUGUAAAGCUUCUACUUUCUCAUGACAUAUUCAAUAUCCACGUAUCCGCGAAUAAUGAUGAAACGCCGCUGCAUAUGGCAGCAAGCCAGUUGACACCCGAUACCUUUGCAGUGCUGCUUGAGAAUGGGGCAAGUUUACACCUUAGAGACGCCAAUGGCCGAACACCUCUGGGCAUAGUCGAGACAAUGGGUUAUUGGAGCAUUGGGAGAUACCUUCAGUAUGAAGACGACAUUUGA